ACGGGCCUACAAGUUGAAACUGCCCGCAAGUAUGAAAAUCCAUCCAGUGUUCCAUGUGUCCCUCCUCGAGCCCGCUAAAGACGACAAGAUUCCUGGAAGGCCACCUGUCCCGCUGCCUCCCAUCCAAGUCGACGACCACGAGGAGUGGGAGAUCGAAGCCAUUCUCGACUCCCGGAUCCACCGCGUCGCUCGUUCGGGAACUUUAGUUUGGGACUUUAGUCCAGGUCUUGCGAUAGUGGGUCGGCACCGUUGUGUCAGCUUUAAAAAUAGUAGUAGUCUCUGAGGGUAUACAUGGUUAUACUGGCAGCUAUUGGGGAUGCGCCUCCGAACCUUUUGCAUUUUUUUCACAAGUCCUUUCCCCCCUCACGCCUAAGUACAAACGUUAUGUACACUGGCCUUGAGUAUUGCCUUCUAUUCUUCUGUUAUUCUUUUAUGCGCACAUGACCUCUGAUGUUCGUAUUUCUGUUCUGCUUGAUUUCCAACUUGUUUAUUUUCCU